CCUCUUCUCUUCUUGACAGCGGCUAUGUUGUAGGAUCGAUUAAACAAACAGUCGACGUCCUGUUGUGCUUCAUAGUUGGGAAGGACUUAACAACUAAUGAGUAGCGUCCACCUCAGCUUUAUGCCAUUAUCAACUAUGCGAUAGCUUUCAUUAUGCUGAAUCUGUUCAAUUCGAACGAUGCCCAAGACCAAAGCGCAUAUGCGCAGUUCUCGUCGAGCUCCUUCGCUGAAAGAUAACGACAUUGAUCAUGAAAUUAGUCUUGUCGACCACGUUGUAGUGAACGAAGAGCCUCUGACGCCCAAUUCUGUUAAUAAUAUCGACCAUUCUAUUUCAAAUCAACCGCUGAUUUCACCCGAUAGUCGAUCUCCGUCGACACAGCCUCCCGAGAUAGAAGAUGGCCAACCGAAACUUAAUACCAAUAUAGAGGCGGGCCCUUCUGGCGAACAGGGCGCAGCACAGAUUUCUACGAAAGACGCUGGAGAAUUAGUAGCAGCAAAGAAGUCUACUUCGAAAGAAAAUGGCACUGGGAAGAGCUAUGGCAGCAAUAAACGUCGUACGCGAGUACCGAAGGACUAUGAGUCGGCCAUCGACAUAUUAUAUGAGAACCAGCGUGGUGGAUUCCUUUGCGGCAUCCCUCUCUUCUCUUCUGCGGCAUUGGGGAAUCUAGAUCCCACGCCAUGGACUAAUUUUGUCCACAAACCUAGCCCCACAGACAUUACCAACGCUCAAGUUCCCGAUCCAAGCUGGGAAUGGGCUUGGCCUGAAUGGCGCAUAAAUCGCGACGAGACCAUCCAGACGGACAAUGAUGGUUGGGAAUAUUCGUUCAUGUUUGCCAAGGGCUUUUCAUGGCACGGGCCCAAGUGGUAUAAUUCGUUCGUGCGGAGGAGAGCGUGGAUUAGAAAGAGAAUAAAAAAGGGAUUUGGGUAUCAAGCAAACGACGCGCAUCUGAUGAACCCGGAGUAUUUCUCGGUCACACCUACGAGGAGGGAUGAGGAUCGGCCGAGCGGCGAUCAGUUAACAGCCCGCCUAUCUCAAGAAACUCAUAGGAUGUCCCGAGAUACGAGGCGAGGCGACGAAUUUGAACACAAAGCCAAGGCAGAUAUAACAACUGUUGAUGAAUUAAUGACGGUCCUUAGGCGGUCGCGCAUCGACCGAGAGAGACUCGAGGCUAUAGAGGACUACAUCGAGCAUUGCUCGGAUGAUUUGCGACAGUUGGAUGAGCACAUGCAUGAAAUCAUGGCUUCAUUCAUAUUUCAAGCGACCCGAAAACUACUCCUCUCACGGCUCAUAAAAUUUCAUGAUGAGCAGGUAGACGGAGGGAACAAAGGAGAUAUGGGAGACAAGGGGAAAUCACCGGCGACCCAUCAAAGAGCCGAAAAUCUGGCCGCAGCAAUCAAACAUGCGGACGAGGAAGUCCGGAGGCUGGAAUAUUGGAGCGAUAUCAAGGACAUGGCUGAGAGCGGUCAGUCUAGAGGUGCUGUAGACCGUGGGAAAGGUUGGGAUCGGACUUGGGAAGGAUUGGAUAACAGCGGUCCUAAGGGAAUUAAAGACGAGAGCGAACUUCCAUGAUGGGCUCGCUUAUUUGCUCACGAUAAACAGAAUAUCGUUAUGCUUCGGUUUCGGGAAAGAAGCAAAAGUCCUGGGAUACCAUUAGAAGGAAGCUGAGAAGGAAGGGGGCAGGAAAUAGUGUCGCACUACAUGAUAGGUAUCAACAGUAUUUCUGAUAUCUAUCGACGGGCGGGUUUCGGCCGGCGCAAUCUCUUGUGGCUUAUUAAUUGUAGAAGUCUGCAGAAGAAGGCUGCAGAAGAAGUCAGCCGUCGGAAAGUCUGGCUCGUG